CUCAGAGUGCCAAAGCGUGCUACACGGGCAGAGGUUGAAGCAGUUUUCAAAAAUGCUGGACUAGAGGUGGCCGAACUGGAGAUGAUGAUAUGCCGCUUUACCUUCUAUAACGAUUGCUUUUGCGUUGUAAAACUCGCGAAUGAGCAACAAGCGGAGCGAGCCGUCCAGCUCCUCAACGGAAACAUGUCCCUUGGGGCGCCCAUCAUCACUAGGCCUCUGGACCCAGGCUUUGUCUGGGGCACGAGGCGAACCGUCGAAGGUGUGGUCGGACGCCACGUUUUCUACGACGAUGACGGAAUCACCACGGCUAUCAAUCCGAUCCUGGAGGGGCGGCGCAUCCAGCUCAGGGUGAAGACGCCGGGUUGGGGAGAAACGACCGUCAGCAACCGAAUUCGCGAAAGCCGCGAAGUCAUCAAGCGCCAUUUCUCCAAGUUUGGGCUCGAGUCUAUUGGGGCCAUAGCGCCGAACUAUGGUGACAUGAAGCUGCAUCCGAGAUUCCUUACCUUUAUGGACUUUACGACCAAAGAAGGCGCCGAGGAGGCCCAGCGCACGAUGCACGACACCGAGAUCGAAGGCCGCAAAGUCUGGCUUAUGGAUUGCGAUAUUACGCCGUGGAAAGCGUACCAGAUUGGUCGAGUGGAUGCGCGGAGGCUGGCGGAUUUGCAGGAGAAGGGUCUAGCACCGACGGAAAUCGACGAAGAGAAG